CAGGAACAAAUUGGAAGCUCGGAGCAUGGAGACACCCGGUUAGAUGAUGACUUCUCUCCUCCGCAUUACACUGAUUCUCAGAGGCCACGCUCGGAGAAGGACGAAGGGUCAGCAUCACACCUUGAGCAGAAACAAAAUGGCUGCCCUCUAGAGGAGACGAGCAUUGGUAGACCAACUGAUGACAUUUCGGCAGAGAUGCCGUUCCCUCUGGGUUCUCCAGGAGAGUGUGAUGGAAGCGCCCCGUGUGAGGCUGGUGCUGACACGUCAGCAGAAGCAAAGAGUCCCUGCAGAACUGAGGGACAGGAGGAGGAGUUCAUCUGCACACGCUGUGGGAAGACGUUCCCGGACGCUCUUGAACUGAAGACACACAAGGAGCAGCACAGCGCGGGGAAACGGUUCAGCUGUUCAGAGUGCGGCAAGGGUUUCACUUCCUCCAGCAUCCUGGAGAAGCACAAGCAGGUUCACAGCAGGGAGAAACCAUUCACCUGCUCUGUGUGCGACAAGAGCUUCUCCCAGUCACACAUCCUCAAAGCUCACAAACACACUCACACAGGGCAGAAACAGUGCGCUUCUGUGGAGUGUGGAAAACGCUUCUCCUCUAAGAGUCAUCUUAAAACUCACCAGGUGACUCACACAGGAGUGAAAGCCUUCAGCUGCACAGUAUGCAAUAAGAGCUUUCUCUAUCCCAGUGUUUUAAAGGAACAUCAGAGAGUCCACACAGGGGAGAAACCACACCGCUGCAACCAGUGUGGGAAGAGCUUUGCCCAUCGUUCUCAUCUUAAAAGCCACCAAACGGUCCACACAGGAGAGAAACCCUUCACUUGUGAGCAGUGUGGAAAGUGCUUCUCCCUGAAGAGCAGUCUUAAAAUUCACCAGAGUGUCCACACAGGAGAGAAACCCCACUGCUGCACUGUGUGCAAUAAGAGUUUUUUCUAUCUCAGUGAUCUUAAGCGACAUCAGAAAAUCCACACAGAAGAGAGACCCCACUGCUGCAACGAGUGUGGGAAGAGCUUUACCACAUUAGGUAGCCUUAAAUAUCAUCAAAGCGUCCACACCAAAGAAAAACCAUUUGCUUGUGAGCAGUGUGGAAAGUGCUUCUCCCUGAAGGGCCAUCUUAAAACUCACCAGGUGACUCACACAGGAGAGAAACCCUUCACUUGCGAGCAGUGUGGGAAGAGCUUUGCCCAUCGUUAUCAUCUUAAAAGCCACCAAACGGUCCACACAGGAGAGAAACCCUUCACUUGUGAGCAGUGUGGAAAGUGCUUCUCCCUGAAGAGCAAUCUUAAAAUUCACCAGAGUGUCCACCCAGGAGAGAAACCCCACUGCUGCACUGUGUGCAAUAAGAGUUUUUUCUAUCACAGUGUUCUUAAGCGACAUCAGAAAAUCCACACAGCAGAGAGACCCCACUGCUGCAACGAGUGUGGGAAGAGCUUUGCCACAUUAGGUAGCCUUAAAUAUCAUCAAAGCGUCCACACCAAAGAAAAACCAUUUGCUUGUGAGCAGUGUGGAAAGUGCUUCUCCCUGAAGGUCCGUCUUAAAACUCACCAGGUGACUCACACAGGAGAGAAACCCUUCACUUGCGAGCAGUGUGGGAAGAGCUUUGCCCGUCGUUAUCAUCUUAAAAUUCACCAGGGUGUCCACACUGGAGAGAAACCCCACUGCUGCACUGUGUGCAAUAAGAGUUUUUUCUAUCCUAGUCUUCUUAAGCGACAUCAGAAAAUCCACACAGGAGAGAGACCCCACUGCUGCAACGAGUGUGGGAAGAACUUUACCACAUUAAGUAGCCUUAAACAUCAUCAAAGCGUCCACACCAAAGAAAAACCAUUUGUUUGUGAGCAGUGUGGAAAGUGCUUCUCCUCUAAGAGUCAUCUUAAAACUCACCAGGUGACUCACACAGGAGAGAAACCCUUCACUUGCGAGCAGUGUGGGAAGAGCUUUGCCCGUCGUCAUCAUCUUAAAAUUCACCAGAGUGUCCACACAGGAGAGAAACCCCACUGCUGCAACGAGUGUGGAAAGACCUUUGCCCACCUAUCAAAUCUUAAAUCUCACCAAAAGGUCCACAGCGGGGGGAACACCGUUCAGUUGCACACGGUGCAGCAGGAGUUUCUCCCAGAAUCACACUCUUCAGAGACACGUGCUUUCUCACAAUCAGGACUCCAGAUUAACGACGUCCCAAUGUCCCAGGGUGAUAAAUAAUGUGUUCGGCAUGAACUGAUAUCAUUCCCAGGACACCUUUUUGACAAAAAGUUAAUGCCGGUUGAUUUUAUUUGCCCAUAUGUGUAUUGCUAUUUAUUGUUUAGCGCCAUUGGUGCACCUAGGUACACAUCCAUCCAUUAUCUUAACCCACUUAUCCUGAACAGGGUAGCAGGGGGGCUGGAGCCUAUCCCAGCAUACAUUGGGCGAAAGGCAGGAAUACACCCUGGACAGGUCGCCAGUCCAUCGCAGGGCACUCGCACCUAUGAGCAAUUUAGACUCUCCAAUCAGCCUAACCUGCAUGUCUUUGGACUGUGGGAGGAAACAGGAGUACCCGGAGGAAACCCUCACAGACACGGGGAGAACAUCCGAACUCCACACAGAGAGGCCCCGGCCAACGGGGAUUCGAACCCAGGACCUCCUUGUUGUGAGGCGGCAGUGCUGCCCACUGCACCAUCCAUGCCACCCGUAGGUACACAUACUAUAGUUAUUUACGACGGUAAGACUGUUUUAGGCUGUCGGUGUGGAUACAAAAUUUGGAAACACCUCUGGAAAUUACCAACGAGAACAACUAUGACGAGAAUAAAUACAUGUAUAGCUAUAUAUACAACAUUAAGUAGAAUAAACGUAUGAAUUAUAAUUUAUGGUAACUGAAAAUACAGUCAUACAACACUACAUGAUGUUGCUCUGCGAUGAGUUGCCAACAACAUAGCCCUAACAAUUUGCUUUUUAAAUGUACACAAUUUUGUUUUUUUUACUAUAAAAAUACGAAAAGUAUUCUUUUUUCAUAUACAAACAAACAUCCAAAUGUCCUUAUCCAAAUUUGAAAGCAUUUUUAAAAAUUAAUUUCUCGCAGAGAUGCUCAGAUGUUUUGACCCGGAAGUCUAGAGAACGCUAAUGAACCAUAGAUCUUUCCAGUGGGAAUGACAGCACGCCUAUCUGAGGCCUAAUGGAUACAACGCUAUCAUGUGAUUGUGUACUUUGUUCUGUGCCUGCUUGCAUGUAGUUUCAGUUAUGUUUGUUGUCUUAAUAGGCCACAGAAGAAGAUUUCUGGAGCUUCUUAUUCGCUUCAUUAAAGAGAUUUGGCUUUGGAGAGUCAUUCAGUGGAUUAAAAUCCUAUAUUA